UCACAAAACGCCAAUUGAAUAAUUCUGCCCAAUUACCGCCAAUCCUUCAUUAAAAAGAGCACCGGGAAAAGGCGCUCCGCCGACCAAAACGAACCUUUUUCAGUUUAGGAGCGGCGAGGAGUAACCGCGUUUCAGUAGUUCAUAAAAAACAACUCUCCAUUCUCGUGUAGUCAGUCCUCAGCUGGUGUUGCUCGGCUCCGGGUCUCUAUUUUCGCCGUCCAGCCUGAAAUAACGCACCCUCUGAACACCUCCGCUCGCUCCACAGCAUGGCCACGCUGUGGGAAAUACGAAUUUCGGUUUAUCGGAAAAACGUACGCUGUUGCGGUUUCUGUAUUUCCUAACGCUUGUGCUUCCUCGGAACCGGAGAAAUGUGUGUUUGAUAUAAACCGGCGAGUGGAUGAAAACUGGACAUUUUCCGCGAUGUGUGUGUGCUGUGGUGGUGGUUUCCUGCGGGUGGUUCUAGUGCUGUGGCUGUGCGGACCUUCGAUGCACUUUAGGAUUAGCAAAAGGGAAAUUGUCGAUGAUUCGGUGCAACGCUACUUGACCCGCUUUGGCUACAUGGACGCCACGGCAGAUGGCGCUUUCGCCCUUCGAACGGAGGAAUCUGUGCGGGACGCCAUUAAAGACAUGCAAGAGUUUGCGGGUAUUCCCGUAACGGGGCGCUUAGAUGAACGAACACUUAAAUUACUCAAUACGCCUCGUUGCGGGAUGCCUGAUAAAAAUAAACAAACAUCAGGCAGAAGGAAAAGAUUCACUUUACACGGCCAGAAAUGGCCGUACACGAAUCUAACAUGGAGCUUGAGGAGCCGGGAUUUGAUGGGAAUGGACCCGUACCAAGUCCGGCUCGUCAUUUCCAAAGCUUUGGACGUUUGGGCAAGACAUUCCAAACUUACCUUCACGGAAGUUGACAGCCCUAAGGCGGAUAUACUCAUCUUUUUCGUUAGAGGCGAACACGGAGACAAUUUCCCCUUUGACGGCAAAGGAGUGAUUUUGGCGCACGCUUUUUUCCCAAACGGUGGCCACAGCAUCGACGUCCACUUCGACGCAGAUGAGGCCUGGACAACUGUGCCCAACAGCGAUGAAGGGACUAAUUUAUUCAAUGUGGCGGCCCACGAAUUCGGCCACUCCUUGGGCCUAUCGCACUCUUCCGAAGAGGGCGCUCUGAUGUACCCAUGGUACAAAGAAAUGGAAAAUGGGUUCGACUACGAACUCCCCGACGACGACAAAUUGGGCAUUCAGGCCCUUUAUGGUGCCAGAACCACGCGAUUGUGGGACAGGAUCAAGCCCUACAGGCCCCCCACUACCACAACUACAACCACCACGACCACGACCCGACGGCCCUAUUUCAGGCCCAGUCAACGUCCUUUUAAUCCCAACGGGCGACAUCCACACAAUCCUUACAAUCCCUACCAUCCACAUAAAAACAAUCCCAAAAAACCCAUGCAUCCCGAUAAGAAGUACCACAAUCCUAAGGAGCAUCCAGGGAGGUACCCGGUGCAUAGGUACACGACGGCGCGACCGACGCCUCCGCCGAGGUUCCCAGAUAAGUACCCCGACUGGAGGCACCAUAACAGUGAUAAGGAGGGCCCCAAAAGGCCCCCAGAUACGUGCGAUACGAGCUACGAUGCCGUGGCGGUGAUUCGGAGGGAGGUUUUCUUCUUCAAGGACGAAUACUUUUGGAGAAUCGACGAAACCGGCGUGUUAAUGCCGGGCUACCCUGCGGAGAUCCGUCGCUUGUGGCGCGACCUUCCGCCCAAUUUCACGCACGUGGACGCCGUCUACGAACGGCCCGACAACAAAAUCGUUUUUUUCAUCGACGAUCGGUUUUACGUUUUCACCGGAAAUCGACUCGAGCCGGGUUACCCGCGCCCCUUAACCGACCUGGGGCUCCCCGAAACUUUGAAAAAAAUCGACGGGGCGAUGAUUUGGGGCCACAACGGCAAGACCUACUUCUACAGCGGCUCCAUGUACUGGAGAUUCGACGAAGAGGAGAGAAAAGUCGAGUUGGAUUAUCCUAGAGAUAUGUCCAUGUGGAGCGGAGUGGGGACGGACAUUGACGCAGUCUUCCAGUGGAAAGACGGGAGAACGUAUUUUUUCAAAGGGACCGGUUUCUGGAAAUUCAACGACAUCUACAUGCGGGUGGAGCACCGGCAGCAGAAGCCGUCUGGGCCCUUCUGGAUGGGCUGCAGCAACAACCUGGAGGGCAACGACGUCCUGCAGAAGCUGCCCUACAAGCACUUCGCAGCGUCUGGGAGUUCGUGUCGCUAUCUGGAUGUGACAGCCGCCUUGCUUGUAAUUCUUUUGUAUUAUCGGUUUUAAAAACUCUCACUGCCUUAUUGGAGAAUAAUACUCAAAGGAAAAAUUCGAAGACUGUAAGUAGGAAGAAAAUGUGCUCAUUGUGCGUGCACUGCCUCAGGAGGUUUCCUGAAUUUGUGAUAGAGGAGCGUGUUUUUCGGCAUUUUAUUCAUACUUUUUAUUUAAGUAUACUGUGAUAUUGUUGAAAUUAAAACGAUUCAUUCAAACACACAUUUUCGGCUAGCGGUACAAAUCAUGGUAAUUUAUGACUAUUUUUAUGUGUAAAUUAUUUAAUUAUUGAAUGUAGGAUCAGGUCCGGGAUUAAAGCACAAUAUUUUUAUAUAUUUAUAUAAUAAUGCAAAAAGUGCCAUUUUCGGCACAGUUGCUGUUUCUGUCUGCCUGACCUUUACAUUAUUGUUAUGCUACGUCUGUGUCGCGGUGUGAACAUUGAUCAAAUAUACUGUAAUUUUUUAUCUAUCAACUAUGUAAUAAAGAACAUAAAACGAGA